CUCGGCGGAUGUUUUUCAUUUACCGGACACACGCUUCCGCUCUCGAGCUCUGAUUCACCUGCUGACCUUAAAACCAGAAACCGGCUGUCGGCGAGAUCACAGCAGCACUAAAACUAAACACACCGUCUCAUCUGUUCACGGAACCCGUUGUUACUGCCGCGUCAGCUCGCACGCUCGCGAUGUUCCUGUCGUCGGUACCGGCGCGCGUCCUGAUGCGAAGGUCGCGCAGUCUGUCGCCGUGCCGCGCGCUGCAGACCGGCCACGGCGAGGCCUCCCGCUUCCGAAACCUCUGUGAGCUCGAACCGAACCGGAGUCCGGUGGCCAGCGGUCCGCGAGCGUCCAGGAAGAGCGUCGCGAGCGAGGAGUCGCGCGUGCAGUACCAUCAUUUGGCCAGCAGGUGGCGCGUGAGCCUGGAGGGCCGCCGGAGCAGCUGGGCGAGUCUGACCGCCGCGGGGCGCCACAGGGCCGGACACGAGAGCCGCGCAGAGGCCGCUGAUGCUGCGGGCGUCGCGGGCGUCAUUUCAGCCGCGGCCCUCGCCCUCUGCUUUAAGAAGGACAGCGAUGAUAAAGCGGAGGCUCUUCUGGAUGCUGCCAGAUCCAGUCACACUGAGCAGCUGAGCAGGUUGUUGGCGCAGGGAGUUGAUCCGAACAGUCGACACCGUUUGGGCUGGACGCCUCUCAUGGUGGCCGCCAUGAACAGACAGCACAAUGUGGUGAAGGUGCUGCUGGAGGCGGGUGCCGAUCCAAACCUGGGCGAUGACUUCAACAGCGUGUAUGAAGCGGCUCGAGAGAAGGGCGUUCACUCAUUAGAGGCCCAGCAGCUUGAGUUCAGAUCGUCUGUAAAGCUGAUCUUGUUGAACUGUGUCUGGCAGUGCUGGUGAGCCGCGAGGACGAGUUCAACAAUCGUCUCAGCAGCCGCGCUUCUUUCCGGGGCUGUUCUGCUCUGCAUUACGCUGC